CAAAUCAAUUCUGUCACAAGUGUCCCCUGAACUUCCAAGUCCCCACUCUUACAUUUUGCUCAUGGGAAACAUAACCAGGAGAGGCAGCAGGGAGCUGGCUGCAGAGGGCACCAAGCCCCCAGAAGAAGGCCCACCUGCGGCACUCCACACCAGGCUCUAUGAGGCCAUCAUGAGGGAGGACCGCUCGGCAAUCCAGGCGCUCCUGAGGAGCCACCCAGUCAACCAGCCUAUGACCAUCCUGGCCAACUCCAUCAGCUACCGAGUACUUCUGAACCAGCAGACACAGUCCAUCAUCCCCAUUCAUCUGGCUGUCGAAUUCUGCAAGGCACAAAGUUUGCUUUGUUUGUUAGAACAUGGGGCUGACCCAGAAGUAAGGGACACAAGAGGCCUCACCACACUUCACCUGAUGUUACUGCACUGGCCAAUCAUUUCUACCAUACGGACAAAACCGGGGAACAGAAUCCAAAGGAUCCUGACAGACAUUCAGAAUAAUGCUAUGAUGUGUCUCCGCAUUUUGUGUGAACACGGAGCUCAAGUCAACGCUCAAGUAGACAAUAGCAACAAACAUUCACCCCUUCACCUGGCCAUAACCUAUGGGACCUAUCCAGUUCUCUCUAUUUUAGUCCAAAAUGGUGCCUACGUCAAUGCCAUUAACGAAUCCAGCAUGACACCCCUUCACAUGGCUGCCAACAUCCUGAAUAAGGAGAUGAUGGAAAUGCUGAUAGCCUGUGGCGCAAACGUUAACUGUGCCAUCUCCUCCACAGGGAAUACAGCCCUCAAGCUGGCAGUGUGCACCGCAUCCAGCAAAGCCGGCCGACUGCUGGCAGCAGGGGUGAGCUGCAUCCGUUUGCUGCUAAUUCAUGGAGCCAAAGUAAAUGCCCGGGACCAUAAAGGUCAAACAGCUAUCCAUGAGGCAUGUUUUGGAGGCAGAGAGGCAAUAAUCAAUCUCCUGCUUGAAUUUGAAGCAAACGUUAACAUAUUAACAAGAAACGGGGAGUCUCCGAUAUACAUGUACCUCCAGCGAAGUUCCAACAUCAGGGACACAGGGCUUCUCGCCAAGCUAUUUUACCGCUCUUAUCCUUUAAGACUAACCAAUAACCAAGGGAUUCUACCUGCAGGAAUCAUGCUGCCAGAAUUCCACCUCUUAAGGGAAAACCUAAUAAAGUUAUCUCAAAAACCCUUAUCCCUAGAGGACAUCUGUAAAAGAAACAUCAGAAAUAUUUACGGUGAGAAAUACAAACAACACUUAAAGCAACUUCUCCCAGUGCAGAUCUGGAACUCACUAUAUGGUUAUUAUGACUUAGCUUACCUCUUGAUAUAGGACUUCAAAGUUUCACCAGCCACAGAAUUUCAGUAACUCACACAGCAUUUUCUGGCUAGACUCAUACACAGAAAACACUUAACUCAUCAUCAUGUACAUCCCAGAUGUACAAACUGGUUCUUAAACUUUUUUCAAAAAAUAAAAUGAUUUGCACAUUAA